UCCCCGCGGCGAGGAUGAUGUUCACGGAGGGCCUCGACGAGUCGGCGAUCAGCUGGAUUAAGCAGGGCACGGGCUCUCCUGCUCUGCAGAGAUCGCCGCUGGCGGAGCGGCUGCCCGCGGGGCAGAUCGCGGCGCCGAGGAGCCCCGCUCCCGCGCUGUACGGCAGGGGCUGCGUCGGCGGGGGCGGCGGGAAUGGGUUGUUCUCCCCCAAGAGCCUCCCGCCCGUGCGGACCACGGGGCGGCACUCGGGUUUGCUGGGGCGGCACCACUCCGUGCUCCUCGCGGCCGCGGCGGACUCCGAGGAGGAGGAGGAGGAGGGGGAGGAGGAGAGCGUCGCGUCGUGGGGGGUGGCUGAUGACUGCUACUACGGGAACUUCUCCGACACGCUCGAGGAGGACGGGGCGUGCUCCAGCGGCGACUCCAGCCUGCUCCGGAGGGCCAUGGACCGCGGUGGGUUAGGAGGGUUCGACGAUGAAGUCACCUCGCAGCUGAACCGGAGGGUCGGCGGCGGCGGCGGGUUGGUCCGCGGGCAGUCCAAGGAGAACCUUCGGGUGGAGGUGCGAGCCGCUGCCGCUAUCGCCGGGAAAUGCUCCAGCGGCCACCACCCCGUCGACUCCACCCCGCACGAACAUUAUUUUGGUGAGCAAAAGUUUCAAGCUCUUGGGACACCAAGUGCACCUCCAAUUGCAGCAGGAGAUGGGCACGAGGCCAUUUUUGACACUGUUGCUGAAACCAAAGGUGGCCUUGAGAGGGCUGGGGUAUCAUCAGUGGCAGAUAUACUGGCCCAGGACGUUCAUGAGCCUGAGUUUCCUACAAGAUCAAAUGUUCAGGAAGAUGGUGUUUAUGUGCCGUACAUCGAGAAAAAAUUGUUAGCUCAGAUGCCGAGUUUCACGGCUAACGUCCAAAGUGCAUGGCAAUCUUUUGUUGCAUACGACGCAUGCUUUCGGAUCUGUCUGAAUGCAUGGGCAAGAAACUGCAUGGAGGCUCCAGAAUUCCUUCGUGAUGAGUGUAUAGUGCUGAGAAGCGCCUUUGGUAUACAGAAAUUUUUGCUUCAUCCCAAGCACAACAGUCAAGAUGACGGAAAAGGUGUCUAUGAUAAGGAUGGUAGUUGCAACAUGAAGGGCAGAAAACUUGUUAAACAGAUUGAGAUCGAAGUAAAAAAAAUACGUGUUGUACCUCAAAGACCAAGGCUUCGGGCAACAUCAUCCUUCAGAAAUCUGUAUAUGCAAGCUGGUAGCGAGUAUGUCAGACAGAUCUCUAAAAUUUUGAAGAGUCAGGUUACCAUGUUGACAUCCACGUCAUCAACAUCUUUGCCAGAAGAAAUGUUCACAUGCACGCUAGAAUUGCAAAGUUCCUGCAAGGUUAACCAGAGAGAUUCCAUUUCUCCGCAAUAUUUGAAGCCAGGCACUGGUGAAUCUCAACUCUUUUAUCUAGAGAACCAGGGUGAUGCUAUUCUUGUUGAAGUACAAGACAACAAUCGGGUUGUCAUAGGUCGCACAAAAAUUCAAGUUUCAUCGGUCACUGAUACUCAUCAGGAGGAAAUCAUUAAGUGGUGGCCUCUAUAUCUUGAUGAUCAAGAAUGCGUGGGCAAAAUUCAGCUUUGUAUAAACUUCUCCGUGUCUUCUGACAAUCAAGGAGCUGCAAAGAUGCUGCAAGGCGGUCCUGCUGUGGAUACUAUUGUAUAUGACAUGGUUCUGGAAGCAGCAAUGAGAGCUCAGAAUUUCAAUAGCAAAAUGCUGGUUGUAAGUGGUUCAUGGAGGUGGCUAUUGGAUGAGUUUUCAGAUUACUAUGGGGUAUCAGACGCAUAUAGAAAAUUGAGAUACUUGUCUUACAUUUUGAAUAUUGCAACACCAACAAAAGAUUGCUUGGAACUUACAUAUGAACUUCUUCUCCCUGUCAUGAAAGCACGUGAUGAUAGGACUUUAACGCGACAGGAGAGAAGCAUACUGUUAGAUUGUGAAGAUCGGAUUAAGAGCCUCCUUGCAGUUGUAUUUGAAAAUUACAAGUCGUUGGACGAGAAUUCUCCUACUGGUUUGUCUGACUUAUUUGGACCCAUAUUAGAUUGUGCUGCGCCAGCUUUAGCACCCGCAGUUCAGAUAUUCAGCGUAAUGCACGAUAUACUCUCCAAUGAAGCACAAAACAUACUUCGGAACUAUUUACAGACUGCUGUGGCAAAAAGGUGCAGGAGGCAUAUGAUUGAGACGGACGAAUUCAUGUCAAGCAAUAAUGACAGCCUUCUUACGGACCCUAUGGCUAUUUCUGCUGCAUAUCUCAAAAUGAAGACUAUAUGUAUUAACAUAAGUCGUGAAAUUCAAGCAGAUAUUAAGAUUCACAAUCAGAAUAUACUUCCAAGUUCAAUAGAUCUACCAAAUAUAGCAGCAUCCCUCUACAGUACCGAGCUCUGCAAACGAUUGAAGGGUUUUCUUUCUGCAAGUCCCCCAUCAAGACCACUAGAACAUGUUGCUGAACUGCUCAUUGCUACUGCAGAUUUUGAGAGAGAUCUUGAUUCUUGGCAAGUGAGACCUGUGCAUGGGGGUGUGGUUUCGAGGGAGUUGUUUCAUGGCUACAUCAUGGUGUGGAUUGAAGACACCCGAUUGCAGUUACUUGACAAUUGCAGAGCAGAUAAGUUAUCAUGCCCUGCAGUAUCAACAACCUCGACAUUUGUUGAGCAAAUGUAUGAACAAAUAAAAGAAAGCAUAAAUGAAUACGGAGUAGUUAUCAACAGAUGGCCACAUUAUCUGAUGAACUUAGAGAGCGCUAUUGCUGAUGUGGAGAGAGAAAUUAUGAAGGCACUGGAGAAGCAAUACGUGGAAACUCUACUGCCUCUGAGAGACGGCAUACCAAAAAUUCUUGAGAAGCAGGUUCAAAGACUGACAAGAAGGCAAUCUAUAAGCCCUUACGUUGUGCCGAAUCAGUUAGGAACAUUCAUGAACACAGUUAAAAGAAUGUUAGAUGUGUUACACUGCCGAGUUGAAGAUAGUCUCAAAUCGUGGGCAGCAUAUCUAACAAUAACAAACGGGAACGCUGUUUUUGGAGAGCAAAUGAACUCCAUCACAGUCAUGUUAAGGAAGAAGUACAAGAAAUACCUGCAAGCAAUUGUGGAGAAGCUUGUUAGUAAUGCACAAGCUAACCGAACCACCAGGCUAAAACGGAUUCUUGAAGAAACAAGAGAAAGCGAAGGAGAAAGCGAGAUUCGUGAGAGGAUGCAAGCUCUCCGCGCCCAUCUCUCCGAAUCCAUUUACAAUCUCCAUGAAGUCUUUUCCAGCAGAAUAUUUGUUGCUAUUUGCCGAGGAUUCUGGGAUAAGUUGGGCCAGAUUGUGUUGAGGUUUCUCGAGAGCAGAAAAGAGAACAGGAUUUGGUACCGAGGAUCUGAUUACGCAUUAGGGAUCUUGGACGAUGUCUUUGCAUCAGAAAUGCAAAAACUGCUGGGUAACUCCCUGCAGGAAAAGGACCUCGAUCCACCGCAGUCGAUAGUCGACGCCCGAUCUAUCCUCUGCUAGCAUGUUUGGAAGGUACAAACUAUCUCAGAUCUUGGAUGAUGUCUUUGCAUCAGAAAUGCAAAAACAUGUUGGCAAGGAACCACCAACUCAGAUUGUGUCUGCUGGCAAUGCUAUUGGUGUGCCGUGUGAGGACGAUAUGUAUACUGGGUUAUUUGGUUUAUUCUUUGGUGUGCAUAUGAAAAUAUACAGGUCCAGAUGCGUUAAUUCUUUUCUGUCUAUAGUGUGUUAAUUUUUUAAAGGUGAGAACAGUUGUUGUAACGGAUUGACUGGUAAGCAAAUUUUGCUUCCAUAUAUAAGUAUCUGCUAUACCUAUGACCAGGGUGGUACCAGAAAA